ACUGCUGGAUGGUUUAUACCACUUCUUGCUUUCAUCAUCGCGACUUUGUUAAGCGGUGCUGCUUCUCUACUUUUGUGCGAAUCAUUGAGUGCUCAACCUGAAAACGAAAGAUUCCAGAAAAAGAUCGAAUUUACUCGCCUUGCCUCAACGUUGAUAACUAAUAAAUAUCAACGUCGCGCUAUUCAAUUUGUUCUUUUUGUGACAUUCGAAUCCUUGGUCAUUUCAUCAAUUAUAAUAUCUUCUCAAACUAUGGAUUCUUUGACGAUCUCGGUGUUUGGAAAAACUUGUGGAAUUGGAAUUUAUCCAACACAAGGUGUCUUUUGUGUGUCAGAACAAAGUGCCACAGGAAGUCCUUUCGGAACUAGUUAUAUGCUUUUAACUAUUACUCUGGUAACCGUUGUUCCUCUAGGAGUUAUGGAUCUUGUUGAUAAUAUUAAAGUGCAAGUUGUAACUUGGAUUAUUACUUUCAUUGUUCAUGGACUCCAACAAGACCUUGUUCCGUUUCUUGGUAGUGAUCAAAGCCAAGUAGUUGGAACCGUCCUAUACAAUUAUGCGUUCAUAACUACUGUACCAAGUUGGAUUAAUGAAUCGGUUUGGAUGGCAUACGCGAUGAGUGCAUCAUCAAACAUUAUUGCCGUAAUUAACAAAUCUAAUGAACGCACUGUGAUCAAUCUUAUUACAACAUACUUGUUUCCUGUAGCUGCAUUGAUAACAAGUGUUCCAGUAUAUACGAUUAUUGUGCGCCUUAAUUUGAUGAAUCAUAAUAAUUUCAGUAAAAGAACUUCUAUAUUAUUAUCCAGCGUGUUGCCAUGGAUUAUUAUCCUUCCAUUCCAAACAGGAUUUUGGCUCAAUUCAUUUAUGAAUUGGACGAGUUUAAUAUUUUCAACUAUUAGCAAUUUUAUUCUUCCAUUUUGGCUAUAUUAUUUGAGUGAAACUCAAAAAUCUGUUAAAAAGGUUGAUUUGGUUAAAUCAGCAAUACCAACUCCAGAAAAACUUAGACGAAAGUUAUCAUCAAUGUCUGAUAUCUCAAUAAAAAGUGCAUUUAUAGCUGAUGAACAUCCACCGCUUCCGAUUGUUGUUAGUCCACCAUCUCCGGGUCUUAAACCACUCGAUAAUCAUAGUCAUGAUAGCAUUCAUCUUGCUCCACAUACGCCAAGUACUCCAAGACGUAGGCGUUCUUGCUCACCAAGUAGAUCACGUAGUCUUUCAAGAAGUAGUUCUAAAAUUGGCGUUGAUAACAUCGAAGUACAUCAAGUGCAUUCACCUGAUAGGCAUAUUGAUGUUAUUGUAAUCAAUACGGAUUCAUUAUCUAAUAAUCAAAAAUUAACUGAUUCGCCAACUUUUUUAAGUGUGCCAUCACCUCAUUCUGACGUUGAAAAUCGUGAUCGUGACUUGUCAUGUUCACCACCAGGUCACAUGACAUCUAUGGCAACCGAAUCUGAUGCUAAAGGAUAUCAUUUAUCGGCUCCACUUUCUCUCAUAGCUCGUACCACUUUUAGUCGUCGGAAAUCUACAUCUCGACUAACGAUUGUGACAACACCAGCAAUUACAAUUAGUGAUGAAUCAUGUGAUAAUGACAUAAAUGACAAUUCGCCAAACAAUUUAUCAAUUCAUUCUUGCCAUUCUAGUAUAACAUGUCCGCCAUCACCUCUAUCUAUGUAUGAAGAAAAAACGAGUUCAAGUUUUAACGAAGCAGAACUUGCUAGGUAUAUUGAACCGUUUAAGGCUUUCCCAGGAUUAUCAUCAAAACAUGGGAUUUUGAUUGCGAAAUUUGGAGGAACAAUUGCUAUUUUAAUGGCUUUUGGAAUCCUUACCUAUGACUUUGUACUGUUAGGAAUGGGAUCUAAUGUAUUUGUUAGCUAA